ACAGCAUAUGAACGAGGUUAAGUUGCUAUGCAACACGCACCCGUUAGUCAACAAACACCAUCUACCUAUUGUUUGUGUGCGCGGCCGGGUGAGCUCGGUGUAAAACGUCGUUAGAUACCGGUGUUAUUAUUUUGCAUUGCGAGCUAAGAAUCGUGCAAUAAUAUACCACGCCGCGCGCGCCACGUAGAGUUCAUACGCACAGUGUUUCUCUGGAUCUGGACGUCUGGAGCGAAAUUGGAUCGUGAACGAAUCAUCAAAACAUCAUUACUUGUUCCUGAAUUUUGUUAUUAUCAGACAAUUUAAUUUUAUAUUAACGUUAUAAUGCAAGCAAGUUCAAAGAUGAUCAAGGCAAAGCCAAAGAAAGAAAGCGAAAAGAAGUCAUCGGCAGAAGGAUUCUCUACAAAAUCAAGAAUGAAAAAUGCCGUUGUGAAAGCACCUCCAGCCGCUGGAGCUUUUGUCGAAAGACCACUUGCAGAUAAAGGAACAAGUUUCAGGAAAUUCUACGAAAGAGGAGACUUGCCUAUAGCGUUAGAGCACGACACAAAGGGAAAUAAAAUUGCGUGGAAGGUGGAAAUUGAAAAACUUGACUAUCAUCACUACCUGCCAAUGUUCUUUGAUGGUCUCUGUGAAACGGCACAUCCCUACGAGUUCUUCGCAAGGCAAGGAGUUCAUGACAUGUUGGAGCAUGGCGGGAGCAAGAUUCUUCCAGUUGUUCCCCAGCUUAUCAUCCCCAUCAAGAAUGCAUUGAAUCUGAAAAACAAAAUGAUCCUCUGCACAACGUUAAAGGUUCUACAGCAUCUCGUCAGGUGCGGUGAUCAGACGGUCGGAGAAGCCCUGGUUCCGUACUACCGUCAAAUCCUCCCCGUUCUCAAUAUCUUCAAGAACUGUAACCUCAACUCGGGAGACAGCAUCGAUUACGGGCAGCAGAGAAGAGAAAACAUUGGCGAUCUCAUCCAAGAAGUUCUCGAAUAUUUUGAGAUGGAGGGUGGCUCGGAUGCAUUUAUCAAUAUCAAGUAUAUGGUCCCGACCUACGAGUCAUCCGUACUCAACUAAUACCCUGAUAUAUAAACUCAUAAGCAAAGAACUGUGAUGCUCUUGUGGACUUGGAUGUCUUGAAGAGGAACUCUGUAAAAUUGUAAAUUGAUUAGAUAUUUAUAUUUUGUUCAUUGCCCUGUGUACAUUGCCUAUGCCUCCAUCUAUCUUAUUUUCACUUCAUGUUCUGAGAUCGAUAUGUUCCAACAUAUUUUCCCCCGGUCUUUUUCAAGAGGUCUAUAUUUUUAUAAGCAUAAGCACAAAUCUUGAGGUAUAUUUAUUAGAAUUAAAACUUCGCUCAAAGUCUUCUGGUACAAGGGUAGUUCUUAACAUGGUUUAAAUAAGGUAGGAAAAAUAGUCUGUAUAUUUUAUUUAAAAGUGAGUUAUGUUUUAAAUAUUUGAAUACAUAAAUGUGGAUAAUAUCAAGCUUCCGUCCUACCAAUUUACUAUGGUACAGACUAAAACUCUGAAUAUCUGGCAUUUAAAUUCAACAAGAUUUUAUUCUAUUCUUUUGUAGACCUAUGCAACUGUUAAAAAAACUCAAUCUUUUAUAAAACUAAAUACUUCGGGUUAUUCAAAUAAGGGACAAGUGCUUUUAAAUGUACAUGAGUACAUCAUUGGAAUAUGAUCUUUUACUGUGUUUAUGGUACAUGUGAGAUACCUCUUUGUUUCUAUUUUCCUUUUAAUUAACUGCAAUUUGAUGAUAAUCGGCCCUAAAUUUUGAUUUCCAUGAUACAUGUUGUCCACAUUACUCCUGUAUGUAUUUCAAAGUCACUCAAAAGAGAAGAUAUUAUGCAAAUCGCCCCCUGUCUUUAUUUGUACAAAUUGUAUUAUAUACCAUAAAAAAUGUACCUGAAUGUAUUGUAAGAAUUAUGAUACUUUGAUUAUACAUUUUUGUUCUUGCAUUGCCUUCAGUUUUUUUCAUUGUUUAAUUGAGUAUAUUUUUUGUGACAAUUUAGAACGCUAAAAUGCAAGGUGUUUAUAUGGCUUGGUAAUCAACAUAUUUGUUUUUGAUCCAAACUGAUAUUGACAAAAAUACUUUGAGAGAUCCUGAACAAUAUUCGAAUCUCAUUUGCAAUUGGUAUCACAAGCAUUGUAUAUGCAUUCAAGUAUUGGCUGCAUUUGGGAAAAAUAUUUUGGCCUGAGGACGUUGAAAUUUGUUUGCCAGCCUUUUAAUUUCAUAUUGCAUGUACAGAAAAUAAUGAUAUAUUGAUUUAAUGAUAUAAUAUCUUGCAGUCAGAAAAAGCAGGUCAAAUAGUGCUCCCUCGGUUUUUAGAAUAAUCUUAUUGUUAUAUCAGACAGUGAAAUGUGCAUAUACAUGUAUUGUGUAACUCAUUUUCAUAUUUACUCUCAGUAUUUCUAUUAUGGGUAUCAACAUUUCUUCCAUAUAAACAAACAAACAUCGAACAAUUUUUGCCUUAUGUUGAAUUCAAAUGAGCAAAUGAACUGAUUUUGUCAAUAUAAUUAUAUUUAUAUAAAUGUAAUAUCAAAGAUGUAUAGUGCAUAAAAGUCUAUGCAAAUUUAUAAUUAUAGUACUUGAUCUUUUAUGUGCCAUACUCCGUCCACUCUUAGAACAUUGUUUAGUGAUCAAAGUGCUUUAUAGUUUACACAAAUAUCUAACUUGUUUCUUUUUCAUCAAGAUUUUCCUGACUUAUAAAUUAUCUAUGAAAAAAGUUCAGAAAAGCAUCAAAAACAGUCAUAGCCUUAAACGGAAUAGUUAAGUGAACAAGUUACAUGUAUGUUGAGUAAUAGAUGAUCCUUUUAUGUUAAGAUAGCAAGAAGGUAUUCAACUUGUGUUUGUGCCCAAUGAUGCAGAAAUUUUACCUGGGCUGAAAAGUAAUGUAUCAUCGUGAAGCAUGCAGACAAAGUAUUGGUUUACUGGCCAGUCUAGUGUAGUAGGCCAGCAUGCUUUCCUUGUCUUGCCAGCAGUUUGGUGUUUCAAAAAGCUCUUCGUAAGUUACAAGCAACUUUACGAACGAAUGGUGACCUUUCCUUAGGGUAAAAGUCAUGCACCAGAUUUAUAUUGGUGUUGAUUUGGUUGCUAAGAAAUGGUAACAGUAAAGUUGCUCAUAAGUUACGGACGUGGAACGACCACCAGGAUGCACUGCCAUUCAUCUUUUUUUAAGGCAUGUCAAGUCAGGUAAAUUGGGACAUUACAUGAACAAUAUCUUUUCCUUUUUUUGUGAAAAAUCAAUUCUUUAAAUCUGUUCUUCAACUUGAAGCAUACUUUUACCUCAAUGGAGCAGGUAUUUUGAAAGAUGUAUUGGAUUUUAUUGUAGUAAUAAAGUAUGUUGUAAAUACAUGUACCGACAAAAAAUGAACAAUAAUUAUAUGCAAUGUUGUUUUUGUGACAUCUGUGUUGGAUGAUAAUGAUGUAUGAAAUAAAUGUUUGUCAAACUUA